ACUUCCGUCACAUCCAACAUGGAGUCCAGCGGUAUGAAGCUAAGUUUGUGGGAGAACGGACCAAAACCCGGACAGUUUUACUCGUUUCCCGGCAGCGGUAUCGGUGGACCCGGUACAUCAUGUGGACCUGUUCGACACACACUCAACCCGAUGGUGACAGGAACAUCCGUGCUUGGUGUUAAGUUUAAAGGCGGAGUUAUCAUUGCAGCCGACAUGUUGGGCUCGUACGGCUCUCUGGCUCGGUUCAGAAACAUUUCUCGCCUCAUGAAGGUGAACGACAACACGAUCCUGGGGGCAUCGGGCGACUACGCUGACUACCAGUACCUGAAACAGGUCAUCGAACAGAUGGUGAUCGAUGAAGAGCUGCUUGGGGAUGGCCACAGCUACAGCCCGAAGGCUAUCCACUCCUGGCUGACCAGAGUGAUGUACAACCGUCGCAGCAAGAUGAAUCCCCUGUGGAACACUGUCGUCAUCGGAGGGUUCUACAACGGGGAGAGUUUCCUAGGUUAUGUGGACAAGCUGGGCGUAGCUUACGAGGCUCCCACAGUGGCCACUGGUUUUGGAGCAUAUCUGGCUCAGCCACUGAUGAGGGAGGUAGUUGAGAAUAAAGCAGAGAUCACCAAACAGGAGGCUCGGGAACUAGUGGAGCGCUGCCUCAAAGUGUUGUACUACAGAGAUGCCCGCUCCUACAACAGGCACGAGAUUGCCAUUGUAACAGAGGAAGGGGUGGAGAUCAUUGGCCCUCUGUCCUCAGAAACCAACUGGGAUAUUGCCCAUUUGGUCAGUGGGUUUGAAUGAAAACAAGCUGAAUGAAAAAAUGUUUUUUUCUUCAUCAGAAACAACCAACAGUUCACAUCCAUCUUAUCUAUCCAAGUUUAGUUUCUUUCUGUUUAUGGUUACUUUUGUAUAAUGGAAAAUAAAUGUGAUUAUUGAAAUUUG